AUGAUGAGCUGUUUGUCAGGUCUUUGCAACAACUUCUAUGCGAUGGCCGCCGAAGACGUGAACCCCGAAGAAGCGGCUGAUGUGGUGGAGGGCGAAGAGGACGCCAACGUCGAGGACAACGAUAUCUUGAAAACCGGCGAAGAAGGCGACGACGACGAGAACGAGUCGCUGUCGUUGAAGGCAUCGCCAGAUAUCGACACAUUCUUCCUCUUCACAAAACCAGCGCAAAGCACUUCAGAACUUCCGGCCGGAAAAGAAGUCCACUUUUUGGUUGGUUUUGCCAACAAAGGUACCAAAGAUUAUGUCGUGGAUUCAAUGGACGCCUCCUUCAGAUACGCUCAGGACUUCAGCUUUCAUUUACAAAAUUUCACAGCUAUUGCUUACAAUCGAGUGGUUAAACCGAAGCAAGAGAUGACUCUCGCGUAUCAGUUCUUCGUGAGCGAUGCCUACAGCGCUCGACCCUAUGGUUUCACUGUCAACCUCUUCUAUCGAGAUGUUGACGGCAACCAUUACUUGAACGCAGUGUUCAACGAAACGGUGUCUAUCGUUGAAUUGGAUGAGGGAUUAGAUGGCGAGACGUUCUUCUUAUACGUGUUUUUGGCCGCUGUUUUCGUAUUAGUUGCUGUCGUCGCUCAACAAUUCUUCGUCUCAUUCAGCAAAAAGCACAUCUCUUCGUCGUUGUCGUCGUUGACGUCGUCCUCUCGUUCGAAGACAGAAACGGGAACUUCUAAUCCAAAUGAUGUCGACUACGACUGGUUGCCAGAGGAAACACUUAACUCACUCAAUAAGUCACCGAAAGUACGACAAUCUCCGCGACAAAGACGCGUAAAGCGAGGGACGGAAACGGGAACUUCUAAUCCAAAUGAUGUCGACUACGACUGGUUGCCAGAGGAAACACUUAACUCACUCAAUAAGUCACCGAAAGUACGACAAUCUCCGCGACAAAGACGCGUAAAGCGAGGGACGGGUUCCGCAGACGACUAG